UCAGAACGAGACCAGCAGGUAAAAUGGCCGCAGCGCCCUCUAUUUAUAGCGUUGUUAUGCAAAUACCAGACCUCUAACUCGUACAAUUCGAUUGGACUUUCCUUCACGGGGGUGUAUCUUUGUCGCUGAUUGGUUACUAUAGGAUCCGUCUUCUCAUUGGUUGUAUAAGUGACGACUGUUUCCAGCCAAUCACCAAGCGCUAAUCCCGCCCAGGGAAGGGAUAAAAGGGAGCAGACGUUGCGUCAGUAUGAGCGUCUCGUUGUUGUCGGGCAGGGUCUGGUUGUAGUUUUUCAAGCGCCUAAAGUAUGUCCGGCCGCGGGAAGCAGGGAGGCAAAGUCCGAGCUAAAGCUAAGUCACGCUCGUCGCGGGCCGGGCUGCAGUUCCCCGUGGGCCGAGUCCACCGGCUCCUUCGGAAAGGCAACUACGCGGAGCGGGUGGGGGCUGGAGCGCCCGUGUACAUGGCGGCCGUGCUGGAGUACCUGACGGCCGAGAUCCUGGAGCUGGCGGGCAACGCGGCCCGCGACAACAAGAAGACGCGCAUCAUCCCCCGGCACCUGCAGCUGGCCAUCCGCAACGACGAGGAGCUCAACAAGCUGCUGGGCAAGGUGACCAUCGCGCAGGGCGGGGUGCUGCCCAACAUCCAGGCCGUGCUGCUGCCCAAGAAGACCGAGAGCCACAAGGCUAAAAGCAAAUAAGCUCAGCGAGCAAAGCUGCUCAGGCUUUUCACAAUAUAACAUUAUAACCCAAAGGCUCUUUUCAGAGCCACCCACACAGUCAGAAAAGAGUUGUGUUGCUUUCUUUACAAAAGUGCUUGGGUGCUAAGGGUUAAUAUGCUGAUUUUGUUACAGAGCUAAAACCAUGUUCUGUGGCAAUUUCUUAAAACUUCUGGCUCUUACAGGAGAAGAGUGAUACAUUUUUCUAGCUCCUCAUCCUUUUUAAAUGAAAGAACGCUAAUUGCAUUUGUAGUGAUUUGUUGAUUCUCUUGUGUUUUUCUUGUAACAGGAUUGGUAAAGUGCUCAUUCUUAAUGUUGAA